AUGUUCAAAAAUCUCCCGAGAGAGGUAUAUGAUUGCAUUGUGGAACAAGUGCAGAAACUGCACCUCGGACAGGAUCAGCCUUGUCCACCGUGCUAUCUGAAAGACCUUUACAACUUGUCCUUGACGAGCCGAGCAUGGGACAAAGCAGUCACUGUUCCGAUGUAUCGGAAAGUCUGGCUGCUGGGAAAUGAAGAACAUUCUAGGAUGCCGAAGCUCAAGAUACCUGGAACUAGCAGACUGAAGCUCCUUCGAAGAACGCUCCGCGAGCGCAACGCCCUGGCCCGAUAUGUUCGAGAAUUGCAUAUGCCCGAGUUCCAAGCUUUGUAUCGCAGUGCAACUAUCGAACGAGAAGAGAUCGUAAAUCUAGUGGCCUCGCUUGUUAUGGCUUGCCCGAAUUUGGAGCGACUGGUUGGCUUUCACAUUCCGUACACGCAUUCCUUCGACCGAUUAUCACAUGCGCUCUCCACGAGGCCAAAAUUGGAGGAAAGGGUUUGGUUGUUGACCAACACGGAUGUAGAACUCGAUGAAGAUGAGGAAGACGAUCCUACGGACGGAUAUUAUCACGCCGCAUGCGACCCAAUGGAGCGUUUUCUCGAGCUCAACUCUAACCAUCCCAGACUUACAACGGUUAUUCUGCAUCAGGAGCAAAGCCAGCCAGCAAACGAAUUGACUUUCCGUGCAAUAAUUGGCACUUUACGACAAUUCCCUGCCCUUCGUCAACUUUCGAUAUCCGGUUUUUCGGCCACGUCCUUCACAAACCUCGCACUAAACUCGCUACCACCAAAUCUCCACUCUCUUCGUUUGCAGAAUCUUCCCGGAGUCGUCGACAAAGGACUCCAAAAGUUCGCCAAUUCCAGUCUGGCGAUGUCGUUGGAGAGCAUUACGCUUGUUGACCUCGAACUUUCGCAGUUGACGACGAUAUCGAAUCUUCUAUCCCCACAUUUGACCCAACUUAAACGCCUCUCUCUAUCCCAACACAAAGCUCCAAGGCUUCCAUCCGGAAUCUCUUUUCCAGACUUCGACUCCCCUUCAGUAGAAUACAUCCACUGGGAGCUCCGUUCUCAAGCUGGUCCGUCCCCUGCGCUGAUCUCGACCUUCGCGCCAGGGGACUCGCCUCCCUUUCCCUUCAUCAACCACGAGCCCAUUUCCUGCCUCGCGACAGCAAUCUUAGCUUCUAGCAUCAAAAAAGGACUUUUCCCAUCUCUUCGCAAGAUUCGCGCUCCACACGACCCCCAAGGAGUACUCCAAGCGCUCUGCAAACCUCUGGCAACGGCAUUCCUUCCCUCAGACUCCGCCUUCUUCACCUCACCCCCGCGCUACUCCUCGCCGUCCAUCCCUUCCAUUUCUAUCGAGCUCGAUCGUUUCUCUUUGAACACUUCGUCGGACGUGUCAAGGCCGACAACCUCGAGCGCACGCGCGGAUUCUGCAAUGAGUUCGCCCAUAACGGCAGAGUUCCCCUGCCAUAUUGACGCAAGCAAGCAUCACCUACGCCUGCCCCAAGAGGCAGCAUUUACGCCAUCCCGCUCUCGGCUUGCAGCUCAGUCACGCCUACUUGCGGCUCGCAAACAGCCCUUUGUGAGCUUCAAGGUCACAGAUCCGAACGGGGUUGUGCGCAUCAACAAGACGAUCACUGGAUUCCUUGGGGACUUGAGGAGUAAUAUUACGUACGACUUGCGGCCUGAUCGGAAUCGGAUUUCGAGCGGAGGCUACAAUGAUGGUGAUGACGAGGAGGUGAAUGAGUGGAUCACGGGCAUUGGGGAUAUCGCGGGAGAGUGGGAAGUUGUUGAGAAAGGUGGUCUAGGUAAUUGCCGCCAUGCUAUGAAUGGAAGAGUGGGGAGGAAGGCCGUAAGCGUCGAGGACAUGUUCUGA